AUGAAAUAUUCUUAAGGAUAAAAUAAACUAUUAAAUAGUAAAAGAACAAGGACCACAUUGACAUUGAAAUUAAGAAACAAAUUAGUCUUUAGUCUUCAAAUUAAACUAGGAAUUCUUCAAUUUAAGUUAUCAAUUUUAAUUAGCAAGAUGUUAAUUAGAUUCAAGAUAAGAUUUAUUUUUCUAAUCAAUAAGACUCUCCGAAAAAGCAUAGACACAAAAAAAGUACCUAAAACUGUAUUUCAAGGCUUAGGUGACACUAUAAUGAAAUCUACUUCAUAAAAAUCAAUAAAAUUUCACAAAGAGAUUUUCAAGAGAAUAACAUAAUCAAAAAAGGAUCGUUUGAUCUUCUAAGAUGAUAAAAUAAAUGUUUAUUUUGUGAAAGAAGUUAAUAAAUUCAUAUAGGCUUGUGAUACAAAAAUACCAUCAUAAGAUAUUAAUAAUAGAGAAUAAGCCAUACGAUAAAUUAUUAUUUCAAAAGUUUCUAUUAAAAGACCUAUUGCAUUUAAUUAAAAUUUGUUAUAAGCUAGAAUCACUUAAGGAAUUUUGAGCAAUCCUAAACAUUUAUUUUCAGUUUCAAAUAAAAGAUUAAAAUAGAUAGAAAUGAAUCCUUAAAUACUAAUAUUAAAUCUUCCUUAUGUAAAUUAUUGA